CCAGUUUCGAACAAGACCUAAGUCAUAGCCCGUAUCUCUUUCUCGUGAAGCGGACUUAUAUCCUUCCGCGUGAAGCUUCGAUCUUUUUCUUUGUUCAUCGGUCGGCGUCGCUGUCGUUUGUCGAUUUUCUCACUGAAGAGAGGCGCAAGCUGAUAAGUGAUAAGCAAAUAUUGAGAUGGCGUUCCUUGUUAAACUCCCCACACAGUUCUUCUUUGAUGGGAGAGGAAACAGAAGAUGGAAUGCUCCUCGAUUUACAAAGAUGAGACCAGAUAAUCUGAUUGUAGCUUCCUCCAUGUCUAGCACAUCCACUCAAAUUAUUGACAAGACAUUAUUAUCUGUAUCCAACCAAAGUGUUGUAGCUCAAAACGCUGUCAUGGUGAAUGGUUGCACUGGUAAAAUGGGAAAGGCAGUUAUUGAGGCAGCUAUUUCAGCUGGAGUUGAUGUGGUUCCUAUAUCAUUUGGUAGUGUAGAGGAAUCUGGACAAAGGGUUGAAGUUGGUGGGAAAGAAAUCCUAGUGCAUGGUCCUUCCGAAAGGGAGGAUGUUUUAUCAUCAACUUUUGCUGAGUAUCCAAAUUUAGUAGUGGUUGAUUAUACAAUUCCAGCUGCAGUGAACGCUAAUGCAGAGCUGUACUGCAAAGUUGGAGUGCCCUUUGUGCUGGGAACUACAGGUGGAGAUAGGGAGCAGCUUUUUAAAACUGUUAGAGACUCGAAAAAUUAUGCUGUAAUCUCUCCACAAAUGGGAAAGCAGGUUGUAGCUUUUCUAGCAGCCAUGGAAAUUAUGUCGGAGCAGUUUCCAGGGGCCUUCUCCGGUUACGAUCUGCAGGUUAUGGAGUCUCAUCAAGCAAGCAAGCUAGACACUUCUGGAACUGCCAAGGCUGUCAUUUCUUGUUUUCAGAAACUUGGUGUGUCCUUUGAAAUGGAUGAGAUACAAAUGAUUCGGGAUCCAAAACAGCAAGUCGAGUUGGUUGGAGUCCCAGAGGACCAUCUGCUUGGUCAUGCUUUCCAUAUGUAUCAUCUGACAUCCCCUGAUCAAACAGUUACCUUUGAGUUUCAGCAUAAUGUAUGUGGUAGAUCAAUAUAUGCUGAAGGCACAGUUGAUGCUGUCAUUUUCUUGGCGCAGAAGGUUCGGACUAAGGCUGACAAGCGAAUCUACGACAUGAUUGAUGUCUUGAGGGAGGGAAACAUGAGAUGAUGUUAUUAGGCUUUGUUGAAUCAGCUUUCUAGUUCAAAACGAGUAGAGCCAGCCGUGUCUGAAUCUGAGUCUGCUAGCUCGAUUAGGUGGUUCCCAAUUUUGUAUUGUUGGUUGGACUCGAUUAGGUGAACUCGGGCUGGUUGUGCUCUUUUUCUGUUUGUUUGUUAUUGUUACUUCCAAAUGAGGGUUAGAGUUGAUGGUCUUUAGAUUGAGCUGGUUUGAUCUUGGGUUAUUUGAAAAAAAAAAUUGGAUUAUGAAUUUAAAGUUUGUUUGA